UCUCUUUUGCAGACGCUGACUUACUCACUGGCGAAGUCAUCACUCUCUCUCCUCUUAGCUUUUAGUUUUAGAAAUAGAAAUCAACACUUCAGAAGCAGAAGAAGCCAUUGAAGCUUAACGAGGGCGUUAUAGGAAGAGGAAGACGAAGAACCUUCCCAAAAUGACUACAAGACCUAAUCAACAGCCUCGGCGCAUAGAGGAGAGACCGCUCCAGAACGGAGACCACCGGCCACGGCAACCGCCACCUGCACGUGCGGCGGCACCGCCACCACAGGCAUCGUCUUCAGGUGGGAACCACCACCAGCCCCAACCCCAACCUCAACCCCAAACACAACUUCCCCGCCAUUACUACCCGCCGCCACCGACGCCAUACCGGCCGUCGUCUUCCGCCUCCUUUAGAGGCUGUUGUUGUUGUCUUUUCCUUCUCUUUUCCUUCCUUGCUCUUCUCGUCCUCGCCAUAGUCCUUGUUAUCAUACUGGCCGUGAAGCCCAAGAAGCCUCAGUUCGAUCUCCAGCAAGUAGGCGUUCAGUACAUGGGCAUAACGCCAUCCUCCGUCGCCGGCGUCGCCUCCAACGAUCCUACCGGCGCCACCGCCUCUCUCUCCCUUACAAUCCGGCUGCUCUUCACAGCGGUGAACCCUAACAAGGUGGGGAUCAAGUACGGCGAGUCCAGAUUCACCGUCAUGUACAGGGGAAUUCCGCUGGGCAAAGCUUCGGUGCCUGGAUUCUAUCAAGAAGCUCACAGUGUAAGACAGGUUGUGGCCACCAUUUCCGUCGAUCGAGUCAAUUUGCUUCAGGCCGACGCCGCCGAUUUAAUCCGAGAUGCUUCACUCAAUGACAGGGUCGAGUUACGGGUCUUGGGCGACGUUGGAGCUAAGAUCCGAGUAAUGAACUUCGACUCCCCUGGCGUUCAGGUUUCGGUGGAUUGUGCUAUAGUGAUCAGUCCAAGGAAACAGAGCCUGACAUACAAGCAAUGUGGAUUCGAUGGACUGAGUGUUUGAUCAGAAAAGUGCAGAGCAGAUCCUUCCAGUUGUCAUUGAAGGAGAAAGUGAAGAGAUAUUGAAAUGGGGGUGAGAUUCAAAGUUUCAUCCUUAUUUCUUAUCUUUUUUUCUCUUUAUUUUUUUAAAUUCACUUUCUUCUCCAUUCACUAUGAAGGAUCUAAAUCCAUGAAACUGACAUUCCCUUUCUUUUCAUUUCCUCCUUCAUCGAUGCCCUUUCCUCUCUCACACUCACUUGAGCUCUCAUUUCUUCGAGUAAUUUGAGGAAGAAAUGAGAAAACAUUAUAUAUGCAAAAAAAAAAAAAAGGAGGAAAAAGUGAGUUUCUCAUUCAUAAUGUGCAUUUUUAGGCAGUGAGGUUUGAAUGCUGAUCUGAAAGGUUCUGACAUAGAAUUGUGAAAAUAGAAACCCAAUGGAGGAAGAACUUAGAGGAUAAAAAUUUCUCAAAAGAUUUUGCAUAUUUUUUUUUUACUUGAAAAAUUGGUUGCUUCAUUUGGAAGUUUAAUUAUGCGGACAUCGUGUAAACUGUAAAGUUUUUAAUCAGAUGAGUGGCUACUGAUUAGGUUAUUUGAUAUCCUUUUGUUGUUUUGCUGUCUGUCUUCUUUUCCCCUUUUUCUCUGUUUGGUGAAAUCUCUCUUUCUACUUUUCUUUUUGGCUUUCAGAAAGUGUAGAGAAGAUAUACUAAUUUAGUUGUUAA